GAAUUUCUAUGUUUUGGGUACCUCAAAAAAAUCAAUCUUGGGUUUUUUUCUUUUUUUUUUUAUUAAAAAAUUAAUUUAAAUGGUUUCCUUUUCUCUCUUGUUUGAUUUACUUCUUAGAACGAUUAAUCUUGUUUUCUCUGUCUAAUUGUUCGUUUCCUUAUUCACACGGCUAACUAUCAAUAUCAAUUAGCUUAACAAAGCUCUUUUCUUUUCAAAGCUCCAGUCUUUCUGUCGCUUUCUUAGGAAAGCAAUGUUAUUUCCUCCUCCUCCUCCUCUCGAUGACUCCUCCUUUUUAUCCCUUCUCUUUUAGAUUUCUUGAUAAUAUAUAUUUUCUUAACCAAAUUCAGAGCUUGAUCGUGUAAGAAAUGAGCGUUGACCUUUUAUCUUGAUCAAAACCCUAUCAAAACAACCUUAACCACGCAAAAAGUUUGUAUUUUGGGGUUAGGGUUUGUUAAUUCUUGAUGUUUGGAAAUCUGGUCUGGUGUUAUUUAUGUUAAAUGUCAUUUUGAUUGUUAGAAUUGGUUUCUGAUAGCAUUGUUUGUGCUUUUUUUGGGUUGUGGUGUAAAUUCGUAAUAGUCAAUGGAAAAGGAUGUUGGUAAGGAUGCUAAUGGAUCAAAAAACGAGCCUUUGAUGAUGACUUUAGACUCUCGAGAGGUUGAGGAGGAUGUUGAAGAGAAUGGAGAAGAUUAUAGUGAGUUCAAGGCUUUGUUGCCUCCUAGGGAAGGUGGAAUGUCAAGAAAUUCAGACAAAGUCAGGAGAAAAGUUCAGUGGAAUGAUAAUAACGGGAAUAACCUUGUGGAGAUUUUAGAAUUCGAACCCAGUGAUGUUGGUGAUUCUGAUGAAGAGGAUGGUACAGAUUCUUGCUCAUGUACAAUAAUGUAGAUAUCAUCAGUACAUCGAUUUGUAGAUUUCUGCUGGAUAAGCUGGUAGGGUAUUCACUCCAGCCACAGCAUGAUAAUUGUGUGAGAGGAUUGGUUUCCAACUUCUUGUUGUAGGUGAGGCACCUUGCCAUCCUUGUCAACACAUUUUGGCGCUGCUUGCCGAAGGGAAAUUUAAAGAGGGAUUUUGGUGGUUUCUUUUGUGGUGAGUUCUCAAACAAGCAGCUUUGAAUUGGUGGAUCUUCUUCUGGGAAAUAAAACAGACAGAAAUAAAGAUGAUCUAGCUCACAUGAGAUGUCAUAUGAUAUCAAUUAAAACUGAACAUUUUUGCUUUUUGACAUAUGAUUGUAUAUAAGAGAUGAAUAACACUCUGACGAUUAAAGUUACAUUUACUUCACUCUCGUGACCAC